AUGGCUCCCACCACUGAGAAGGACCACAUCGUCCUGUUGUUUGCUUGCCUCAAGAACAGCAAGGGCCCCGGUCAAAUCGACCUCAAAGGCGUAGCCAACGACACCGGACUCACCGCCAACGCCGUCUCCAAGCGCUUCAAGAGACUCUCCGAAGACUAUGGGGUCCGUGGAGUACUGCGCAGCAGCGGUGGCCGCGUUCCUGCUGCUCGUGCCAAGAAUCGCACUGAACAUGAAGAAGGAGAGCAAAGCGACUCGCAAGAGGGUCCGUCGAGAGCAAAGGGAAAGAGAAGCCAAGCGCGCAGCCAGGGAGGAGUCUCGAAGAGGCGCAAGAUGAAGCAGACCGACGAGGCCUCUGGCUACGAAAGUGAUGGCGCCGAGGACCAGCAGGUCGACUACGACACUUUGGAUGCUGUUGCUGGCGAGGAAGAAGACAGCAGUGUCAAGGCCGAAUUUGGCACCGAAGAUGGCGAAGAUGGCGAAGACGAGGCUGUUGCCUGA